CUCUUCAACGAUGGCUCAACCAUUCAGAGUCACGGUCAUAGAGCAAUGCCAGGUUGCUCCACCACCCAACUCAGUUCCUACCACCUCUCUUCCUCUCACUUUCUUUGACAUGCCAUGGCUUCCCUGCCGUCCCAUCCAACGCCUUUUCUUCUAUGAAUUUCCUCAAUCCACCCACUCUUUCACACAAGCCAUCCUUCCCACUCUCAAACACUCUCUCUCCCUCACUCUCCAACACUUCUUUCCCUUUUCCGCCAAUCUGAUAUGCCCUCCCCGAACCCACAAACCCCAUAUCCUCUACACAGAGGGAAACUCGGUCCCUUUCACCGUCGCUGAGGCUGCCGGCGAUUUCAACCAUCUCAUAGCCAACUAUCCACGGGAUGUAAGAGAACUACACCACUUUGUGGCACACUUGCCCCCAACACACGUGUCCUCCGAUAACACGCGUGUAAUCCCUCUCAUGGCCAUGCAAGUCACAGUUUUUCCAAACGAAGGAAUCUGUAUUGGCAUCACCUUUUGCCACGUGGCAGCUGAUGGAAGGGCACUCCACCAUUUCAUGAAGUCAUGGGCGUCCAUUUGCAGGACAGGAGGAGACUUGUCUUGCCUUGACAGGUCACCACCAUUCCAUGACAGGGCUGUGAUCAAAGACCUAAAUGGGCUUGAGCACAUUUUCUUGGAGGACUGGUGGAAUUGGGGUUCGGCGUGGAAGGAUGACAAAGAUCUCAUGAUCAAAGAAAUUGGUGAAAAGGUUCGGGCCACAUUUGUUCUGGGCCGAGCCCAUAUUGAGGGACUAAAGCAGUGGGUCAGAGGUCAAUGCAUGAACAAAGAAGACUUGGAGCCCUUACACGUAUCAACAUUUGUGGUAAUAUGUGCACUUAUUUGGGUUUGUUUGAUCAAAUCCCAAGAGAGUGGAGAAACUAAUUUUUCGGUUAAUAGUGAGCUCUGCUACUUUGCAUUUUUAGCAGAUUGCCGAAACCGGCUUAAGUUUCCAAUACCUUCAACAUAUUUCGGAAACUGCCUAGCAAUAUGUAUUGUACCACUUGAGAGGUGUGAACUUGUGGGAGAAACUGGUAUUUUCAAAGCUGUGAAAGCUAUUGGAAACAAAGUUCGGCAAUUGGAGACUGACGCUUUAACAGGCGCAGAGACAUGGCUGUCGGAAUGGAAAGAAAAAUCAGGACCAGUGGAUCUUGUGACAGUCGCAGGCUCACCAAGAUUUGGUGUUUAUGGGACUGAUUUUGGGUGGGGGAGGCCAAAAAAGAGUGAAGUGGUUCACAUUGAUGAUACGGGGGUUAUUUCUCUUGCUGAGUGUAGAGAUGAGGAUGGUGCGAUUGAGGUUGGUUUGGCACCUAGUAGGAGAAAUAUUGGUGAUUUCACUGCCAUCUGGGAACAGAGCUUGAAGCUAUUUUGAAUCUCCAAUAGGUGAAUAAGAUUGUAUCCAUACCAUUGGUUUAGAAUUGUCUUGUUGACAAAAGGUUUAUCUUAUUUUCUCCCUGUAUUCUUAUCUCUGUACGCUUUCUUUCUAUCUUGUUAUCCAGUAAGUUUGUAUUUAUAUAA